AAAACGCAUUAAACUCAUGAAAAGUACACAAAUGCUUAGGCUAGCUUUUCCUUUCUCUUCAGUUGUUCUUCUGUUCAACUUCUUUUGAUGAUGAUAUAGGCUAUUUCCUGUUUUUAUCUGAAAAGUAAAGGCUAUAGUUUCUGACACGCGAGGCUUGAAUUCGGUAAAUAAAUCUUGGGUUUGUUAGCUAGGCCCCUCAAGGUUUUUUACAUUUCCGUCUGGAGCCCCCCCCCCCCCCUUUUUUUUUAAGAAAGUGGACUGGCUGGUGGGUCUUGCACUCCGUAGUGCUCCUAAUAAGUGCGCAGCUCUAAGUCCGUGGACGCCGACUUCUUUGCUUGAAAGCAUCUGGAGCGCAGCUGUAUUAGAACUAGAGGUCCACUUGUUGAAUGAGGAGAAAAACUUUCUGGCGAUAGUAGACUACUUCUAGAUCACUUUUCCAUAGUUUCCGAGGACGUAUUUUCAUCUUGAAUGAACGUACAGAGUGAAAACAAAUUUAAUCAAACUAGUGCGAGGUAAAACUGGUGGUGGUCGUUGGAUACAAGUUGAUACCAAAUUGUUUUGGUUAUUCCACGUUCACUCUCUUCAGUCUACAGUUCUUUGAUUCCAGUGAGGAUGGAUCUGUCCGUGCUGGCUGCGUUCUGCGCUUGUCUAGGGCCUGUUCUGGGAUCAGCUUUUGGUAGGGAAAUGCCUGCUUCGUCAGUGAGUCAUGAUGACCACGACCAUGACCCUUUUUAUUAUGACUAUGAAUCUCUACGCAUUGGAGGCUUGGUCUUUGCGGUGACCCUGUGCAUCAUGGGUCUUGUGCUUAUCCUGACCAGGAAAUGUACCUGCAACUCGAACAAGCCAUCACCUAAGCCUGGCUGUCAUGAUCCAGAGGCUCCAAUUGUCCAAAGUUAAACAUGACUUGCGGACAUACAGCGCUAGAUCUGGUUCCCGCCUUACACACCAGAGUUAUGCCUCCAGGGGGCCACAAGAAGGCUUCACCUGCAACACACUACGGGAGAGGCUGCGCCUCAGCUACAGUAAUCUCUGCCCUGUUCUGGUUGAGUUGCGUUUUCAUUUUCCUCUAUAUAUAUUACAGACUGUUAGGCCUAUCAACAGCAAGAUUGUGUCAUGUAUGCAGGGAAUUGCUUAUGUAUUGGGUAUUUCCUCACCAUAACUGUUGCAACACUGGGGUAAAGCAGGGCAGCACCUGAGGAUAAUUAUCACAGCUAUCACAGUAAUCUCUCAUUCUGAGUAGCCUGCCAUACCAGUACAUCCAUAUGCUUUCAUUAGCAUCUUCUUUUGUUCUUGAAAAAAAAAAAUACUUGCAUAUGUAGAUUUUUUAUGUUAUGUAAUAAGCUGAAAUUGCUCUCCACCUUGCCUUGUUGUUUUAUAAACUGAUAAGUACAUGUUUUGUUUGUACUGAUUCUAUUGUACACGAUCAAAUGAAUAAAUGUUGGAGUCAUCGGUGA